GGUUAUGACUCCAGCUCUGAGCAGAGAGCUCCUGGCAGGGACAGCUGCUCCCGUGCCCCAGAUUGUGCUGUGCUUGUCCCAGUAGGAGUCAUUGAGAGCAGCAGGAUAGCGGGACAUGGUAGAGCAUCUGGAACCGAGCGGUGUUGCAGCAUCACCCAGGGAGCCGGGAGCAGGCAGCAGGACCAGCCUCUCCAAAGUGCUGUCACUGGUGCCUUCAUUCUUAAACAUCACUCAAGUUCUCUUCUCCUUUUCUUCAUAAAGGUUGAAAAAAAUGAUGAAGACCAAAAGAUCGAACAAGAUGGUAUCAAACCGGAAGAUAAAGCUCACAAGGCUGCCACCAAAAUUCAGGCUAGCUUCCGUGGACACAUAACAAGGAAAAAGCUCAAAGGAGAGAAGAAGGGAGAUGCCCCAGCUGCCGAGGCUGAAGCGGAUGAGAAAAAGGAUGAAGCCCCUGCUGCCGAUGGGGUGGAGAAGAAAGAGGGCGACGGCCCCACCACUACUGAAGCAGCCGCUGCUGGCCCAAAGCCUGAUGAGGGCAAAGCUGGAGAAACUCCUUCCGAGGAGAAGAAGGGGGAGGGCGCCCCUGACGCUGCCGCAGAGCAGGCAGCCCCCCAGGCUCCUGCCCCCUCAGAGGAGAAGGCCGGCUCUGCUGAGACAGAAAGUGCCACUAAAGCUUCCACUGAUAAUUCGCCGUCCUCCAAGGCUGAAGACGGCCCAGCCAAGGAGGAGCCUAAACCAGCCGAUGUGCCUGCUGCUGUCCCUGCUGCUGCUGCCACCACCCCUGCUGCAGAGGAUGCUGCUGCCAAGGCAACCGCCCAGCCUCCAACGGAGACUGCGGAGAGCAGCCAAGCCGAAGAGAAGAUAGAAGCUGUAGAUGAAACCAAACCUAAGGAAAGUGCCCGGCAGGAUGAGGGUAAAGAAGAAGAACGUGAGGCUGACCAAGAACAUGCCUGAACUUUAAGAAAUGGCUUUCCACGUCCCUCCCCUCCCCUCUCCUGAGCCCUGUCUCUCCCCACCCUCUUCUGAACUCCACUCUGAAGUUUCCCUUCCUGUCCUACUCACGUCUGUGAGUCUGUCCUCUCCCACUAGCCCUCUUUCUCUCUGUGUGGCAAACAUUU